UACACGUGGGGACCGGCUCGACAAAAUCCUACAAGAGCCCCAGAGAAGCAGUUGGCCGACCAAACACCUGAUACAACUUCUGUGAAAACCAAGGCUAAUACUGCAGACAUGCACUUUGACGAGCUGUUACAGAUCGUGAAUGGCUUGGGCCCCUAUCAGAAACUACGUCUCUUCUUAAUAUGCUUGGUUGGUAUUGUGUGUGCGUUUCAUGCCAUGAAUAUGGUGUUUGUUGGUGCCAAACCUGACUACCACUGUAAAAUUGGUGAUAUGAAUCUUUCUGAAAGUGACGGUUUUGUUAACACAAGUUUAGCACAAUGGAAAAAGUAUUUAAGGAUCAAUGAAGAUGGAUGCGAGAUAUUCAACCCAUCACUGGCGUACAACAUGGUCGCUAACGGAACGCUUGUGAUCCAAGGAUCCAAAGUCACAGGCGAAUCUAGUCCACCCUUACAGUCGUGUUCAGAGUGGGAGUACUCACAGGAUGUUUACGGACCGACAAUGGUGUCUGACUUUGACCUGGUGUGUAGUCAGGCGUGGCUCCGGAGUACCUCAAAGACAUUCUACUUCCUUGGGCGUCUGUUGGGAGCUGUCAUAUUCGGACAACUCUCGGAUAUAUUCGGGAGGAAGCCGAUGUUCUUUUUCGGUCUGCUGUUCCUUCUCAUAGCUGGAUGUGUUGCAGCUGUAGCGCCAUCUAUGGCGGUCUUCAUUCCAUUUUAUAUCCUGCAGGGGGCGGCACAGACCGGCCUCUUCUUAGUGGCGUACACCAUGUGUACAGAACUAGUGGCACCACAAUACCGACUGAUGGCAGGGUUUAUGAUCCAGAGUUUUUACAGCGUGGGAUACAUGGCCCUAUCCCUGAUGGCUUACUUUAUCCGACAUUGGCGCUACAUCGAAGUUGCUAUUACCGUUCCUGUGGUCCUUUUUGCAGCUUACUGGUGGCUUUUGCCAGAAUCUGUUCGCUGGUUAUUGUCGAAAAAUAGGAUGGAGGAGGCCAAGACGAUAAUGAGAAAAGUAGCCAAGACUAAUAAGGUAGUUCUAACGGACGCUAUGAUGGAAAAUCUAACCGAUAAGAAAGACCAAUCAGAAGUGACCGAAAGUCGGAAAUACACUUUUAUUGACCUACUACGACCAUUACCAAUGUUUGUACUCUCUAUCAACGUCUGGUUUAAUUGGCUUAUUAACGCUAUGGUAUAUUAUGGACUGUCUCUCGGCACGGAUAAUCUUGGGGGUGAUCCCUACAUCAACUUCUGCAUCGCUGGGGCCGUGGAGAUCCCUGCAUACGCCCUUUGUAUUGUCUUCCUGAACAAACUUGGGAGACGCAUGCCACUGUGUGGCACCAUGAUCUUAGGCGGAAUAUCGUGUAUCAUAUCUGGAUUAAUCCCUAACGACAUGGUAGCAGUAAAGGUUACCUUCGCAAUGUUAGGAAAGUUCGGAAUCACAGCAUCAUACGGAAUAAUAUACUUAAUGGCAGCCGAGGUGUUCCCAACAGUUGUAAGAAAUGCCGGUAUGGGUGUAUCGUCCAUGUGUGCUCGUAUUGGGGGCAUGUUAGCUCCCCAGAUGCUCGAGUUAAAACAUGUCUGGGGCCCUCUUCCUCUUAUUCUAUUUGGCGGUCUGUCAGUUCUGGCUGGCACGCUCGCUUUACUUCUUCCUGAGACUGCAGGAAAACCCCUCCCCCAAACUAUAGAGGAUUGUCUAAACAACAAAUCAAAGUUCUUUGGAAGACGCCUUGAUGUCCUUUCUAUGCAUUUUGAUGAUUUGUUGGUAAUUAUUGGCGGUUUCGGACGUUACCAAAAGGUGCGUUUGUUUCUGAUAUGUUUGGUGGGAAUUUUGUGUGCAUUUCAUGCAAUGAAUAUGGUGUUCGUUGGGGCGAAACCCGAUUAUCAUUGUAAAAUUGGUGAAACAAACCUUUCAAGAAAGCAGUUCGAAAAUACAACACAUCGAGAUUGGGAUAUAUUUCUGCGGAGUGCAGGAAAAGGAUGUUCAAUCUAUAGUCAAUCACAAGCAUACGAUUUAAUAACGAACGGAAAUAUCACCAUCGAUGGAUCAACAGUUACAGGCGAUUCCGGUCUGUCCACUGAGUCAUGCACGGAAUGGGAGUAUUCUCAGGAGGUGUAUGGCCCGACAAUUGUAUCUGAAUUUGACCUAGUAUGCAGUCAGGCCUGGUUACGGAGUACAGCGAAGACUCUCUACUUCUUUGGUCGGGUCGUCGGUUCUGUUGUAUUUGGACAACUCUCAGAUAUAUUUGGUAGGAAACCAAUGUUCCUAACCGGUCUUUUGACUCUACUGAUUGCAGGAUGUGUAGCAUCGGCAGCGCCAUCUAUGGCUGUUUUUAUUCCAUUUUAUAUCCUGCAGGGGGCAGCACAAACGGGAUUGUAUUUAGUCGCGUUUACAAUGUGUACAGAACUGGUGGCUCCACAAUAUCGGCUGAUGGCAGGGUUUAUGAUACAGGGUUUCUAUAGUAUUGGGUACAUGACGCUUUCCCUGCUGGCCUAUUUCAUCCGACACUGGCGCUACAUAGAGUUGGUUAUAACACUUCCGGUGGUGUUGUUCUCCGUUUACUUAUGCGUUCUUCCAGAAUCCGUGCGAUGGUUGCUGACUAAAAACAAGCUAGAAGAAGCUAAGACCAUAAUAAAGAAUGUUGCCAAGAUGAACAAUGUAGAGAUCACAGACACAAUGUUGGAGGAUAUCAAUGACAGCAAGGAGCAGGCGAAAGUGACAGAUGGCAGGAAGUACACUUUUAUCGAUCUGUUUCGACCAUUAGCAAUGUUGGCUAUUUCUUUGAACGUUUGGUUCAAUUGGUUUGUCAAUGCUAUGGUGUACUAUGGUCUCUCCCUUGGUACGGGUAAUCUAGGAGGGGACCCUUAUAUCAAUUUCUGUAUAGCUGGGGCUGUGGAAAUCCCUGCCUACAUCCUCUGUGUCCUCUUUCUAAAUAAACUCGGUAGGCGUUGGCCUUUAUGUGGAACCAUGGUGGUUGGAGGCAUAGCAUGUAUAAUAUCCGGAUUAUUGCCAAAUGAUAUGCUUGCUGUCAGGAUCACAUUUGCAAUGAUUGGUAAAUUUGGAAUUACUGCAUCUUACGCCAUCAUCUACCUGAUGACAGCUGAAGUGUUCCCUACGGUGUUAAGAAAUGCUGCUAUGGGUGUCUCUUCAAUGACCGCCAAAGCUGGUGGAAUGCUGGCACCCGUUAUGCUCGAACUGCGAAUGGUAUGGAUUCCCCUGCCCCUCAUACUGUUUGGAGGGUUAUCUAUACUGGCUGGAGGCCUUGCACUAAUUCUACCAGAAACUGCAGGAAAACCACUUCCUCAGACAGUUGAAGAGUGUUUAAGUAACAAAUCAAGGAAAUUGGUAAAAGAGAAAGGUGAUUCUAAGCCGAUUGACGAUGGUAAAAAUGCAGUAUGUUAGUUACCUGACGCACGGGAUCUUCAAUAUAGGAACAUUUUUAGGAGAAUAAAUCUAUAAAUAGUACAAAUGAAUGUUAUUCUGGUCGAUGGUGUCGUAUUCAGGUCAUCGGGUGUGACAGGUUUGGAAUUAAAACAAACGAGAAAGUAUCUGCAACCUGAACCGGUGCGAGCAGGUAAAGAUGUGCUGUAGCAUUUCACUCUAAACUGUUGGAUAUUCAUUCUAGUAUUUUUGUAUACUACUUCAGUGUUCAUCUUCCUACAUUUGUAUGUUUCUACUUUACACUGUGAAUUCACAAUAGAAGCCAUUUUAUGAUAAAAAGAAUGAAAUGAACUUGUAAUUGCCUGUAAUUCUUUAAAUAGUUAAUAAACUAAUAUUUAAUUAGCAAAAAUGGUUAAAUAAAACAUGAUUUUAAUGAAUGAAUGAUUCUUAAAUUAGAAUGAAACACAAAGCGGACAUAGUAUUGCUUUGUUCUUUCCAUGAGUUGAUUUACUUACACAAUGGUUCUGUAACAGUUUCAGAUCUUUAUUAUCAUAAUACACAUUUCAACAUUAAAGUGCAUAUCAGCUGGUUAUUUGCAUAAUACCUCGUUUAUAUUCAUCAAAGUCUCUUUUUACAGAAACAAUAUUUUCACUAUAUUUGAAUUUGUAUAAAGAUUCUUUUUAUAACAAACAGGAUGUAAGAUAUAAUUUCCGAUACAGGGUCGUCUUAUUUCAUAUAAUUUUCGUUCGUGUAUGCACAAUUUCGUUAAUUUACAACUACAGAAAAGGACAGUAAUUCCUUAAUGAUUAUAAAAACACUUAUUUUGCUAUGCAUGUGCUGCAUACAGUUAACUUUAUGCAUCAUGUACAGUGCUGCAACAUGGUUUAUGACUUUGCCGAGAUAAAACAAAGCGGGUAAUUUAAUUUAAUGCUAUUCUAUAUCAAUGCUAUAUUGAAGGGAUUAUACAUAUUUGAAGUUCAUGUCAACUUCAAGACGGUCAAGAUUAUUUUGAUGGAUUCACACCAAGGAAGGGAAAUCCACAAUGACACCAUUAUGUUGUUUUUGUUAAGAUUCUGACUUCCAUACAAUAAUUUUUCUACACUUGGAUAACAAAAUUACGAAUGGAUUUAGGCGAACAUAGAUAUGUUACGUUAAUCCACACGGUACAAAAGUGGUAUAAACCAAACGUCAACAUAAUUGGCUACUGCUCAUAACAAGCAAUUUCAUUUAAAUUACCGAAACUAAGAAUCAGUGUUUCCUUCCUUGCAGUAGCGUAGUCUUUAAACAAUUGUGAAUGAUCUGAUCAAAUAUUGUAAAAAUUCGGAGUUUUACCGUCAUUUGUUGUAUUGAUCUUGGAACAGUUAAACAAUCAGCUUCUUCGACGCAAAAAUAUCUUGUAUGGUUAGUGUUCAGUACUAAGAAUAUAGUUGUUGCAAAUAGAUUCAUGCUAUGAAAGAAAUAUUUUUAAAAAGAUCUUCAGAUAAGGUACUAGUACACGAAAUAUUAAGAUAUCAGUGGUUGUAGGUGUUGCUAAUAUAAUACUAGAGGUUAUUAUGAUUUGUAUAAUAUUUUGUUCCGUAAUUGACCACCAUGUUAUGUAAUGAAGAAACCCAGGUAAUAUGCACAUUACUGAAGAUAUAACAACCUGAGUAUUUAUGUUGUUUGAAAUGAAAGAUGUAUUAAUGAAAUCAAAUGGUAUUACUAAUGAGGUAAUGAUGUUUUAAAUCUAGUCUUUGUACGAGUGAAAUAGGUUGAUGUUUUGCCUCAAGUAUUAAACCAAACAUUCCAAUUCAGUUUAACCAUAAUGCCAAAUAUUUUUGUAUAGUUAGUACAUUUCAAGUAAAGAUGAUUGUAUAAAAACAGGUACAUUGUAUAUUAUUAGUUGCAUCCUGAUAAUACGCUCGUCGAGCUUAUUCUUAAUGGUAUUGCCGUUAGAGUUUGAUUUGGAAAUCAAUAGUUAAAUUCAUCCUCAUCAUUGUGCGUGGUGUGUUUAUCAUGUAAGUGGAAUGAUUUAAUGUUUGGAUUUUGAUGUGAAAAAAUGAGGUCUAAAUGUCAUGGUACAAGUAAUGUGAUGUUCAUUUUACGUAUGGAGUGGUAUGUAAACGCGUUUAUUUAGGUGUCAUUGGAUUAGAAAGUAGCUUAUUGGUUGAAACUUCCUGAUAAACUAAGUAGUAAACAUGUGUGCUGUAUGUUGUUGUUUUAUGGUCGCCACAGUGAUCUCAUUGAGAAAUAUUCUAUUUCUUUGUGCGACAUUAAGCUUGACGCAUUUGAUGCUCGUUAGUUUGCCUGUUGGUUCUGUUGCCGUACAUCUUGUUCUCAUUUGAGAACGUGACAUUGCUUACUUGGAUUGACCAAGGUUUACAUAGCGGGUGUCGUCGAUGAAGCAGAAUACGCCAACUCUUCUGAAACACCUGGUCUUAUUCUCCUUAUACCUUUUCAGGAGUCUUCGCGAAAACCGUUCUUUCGUUCAUAUUUUGCCCUAGUUUUAUGGAAUCUGAGUUUGAAUUAUGAUUAGGCUGCCAUGUUGGUUUUAUGAACAUAUCGUAUCAAUGCUGUAGGUCAAAAUUCAAUUACCACAAUAUUUCUCCCUAGACCAGUCACAUUGCCCUUAUUCUACGUAUUUCUACAAAUCAGCGAUAAUUACGAAAUUGUAAUAUUAUUUUACUGAGACGAUAACUUAUGUCCAUCGAAAUUUUUUAAUAUGCACUAAAACGUAAGUGUGAAGCAAUUAUCAUAUUGUUGUGUAUCCAUGUUGUGUGUGAACUUAGAAUGGCAGACGGUCAAUGCUGAAUGUACGUCUCAGAGUUGAGUACUUGUGUACCAGAUCUAUAGUGUGAUUGUUUUUAUCUAGAUUCAAUUCAUAUUAUAUUUAUAAUAAAGACGUUGAUUUUUUCCCAAUUUCAAACGGAAUAUUGUUUUUAUGACAUGGAACACGUUAUCUAUAUU